UGCUCUCUCUCUCUCUUACUCUAUUUCUUCUUCUAUUACUGCAUCCAUCCAUCCAUCCAUCUCCACAAUUACCAUCGCCUUCUCCUGCAGCCUUGCUGAAGUUUUCCGGGUCACACGGGGGCAAUGGGUAGAGGUAGGGGUUACCAGCCCCCAGGAAGACCUGAGCAACAUUGAGUGCAAGAUGAUGUGAGACCGGAGAAGUGAGCUCCUCCUCCUCCUCCUCCGACCGUUCUCUUUCUCUCUCCCACAACAUCUGGAAUGCUUAACCUGGACUGAUGGAUGUUUCCGAACUGUGCAUCCCUGACGCGCUCUGCUACCAUAACCAGCUGCUAACUAGAAUGCCCUCUGAGGACCGACACCUGUCCUCCAGCUGUGGGUCCUACGUUAAAACCGAGCCUUCAAGCCCGUCGUCCUCGCUCGUGGACACCGGCAGCCACCACAGUCCCAGCGGCAAUUCGGACGCCAGCGGCGGCUAUAUCCACAGCGGCGGUGUACGCUCGCACGUCCUGGACUCGCCGCCCAUGUUUAACCCGGGCAUCCACGGCGGCGGCGCCUGUUUACGCCGCUAUGACGACUGCGCCAGCGGACUGGCGGAUGAGUCGCCCAUCAAGUGCGAGUAUAUGCUCAACGCCAUUCCCAAAAGGCUCUGUCUGGUGUGUGGUGACAUCGCCUCGGGCUAUCACUACGGCGUGGCCUCCUGUGAAGCCUGCAAGGCCUUUUUCAAAAGGACGAUACAAGGUAAUAUCGAGUACAGCUGCCCAGCCACCAACGAGUGCGAGAUCACCAAAAGGAGACGCAAGUCCUGCCAGGCGUGUCGCUUCAUGAAAUGUCUCAAAGUAGGCAUGUUGAAAGAAGGCGUCCGUCUGGACCGAGUGAGAGGGGGGCGCCAGAAGUACAAACGGAGGAUGGAUGCAGAGAAUGGCGCCUACCACGGUCUCAACAUCCUGCCCCCAGCCAAAAAGCCUUUGACCAAGAUUGUGUCCCAUCUGUUGGUGGUGGAGCCCGAGAAGAUCUACGCCAUGCCCGACCCCACCAUGCCCGACGGCGACAUCAAGGCCUUGACCACGCUGUGUGACUUGGCCGACCGCGAGCUGGUGGUCAUCAUCGGCUGGGCCAAACAUAUUCCAGGGUUCUCCACGCUCUCCCUGGCCGACCAGAUGAGCCUCCUCCAGAGCGCCUGGAUGGAGAUCCUGGUGCUCAGCAUCGUCUUCCGCUCACUGCCCUGCGAGGACGAGAUCGUCUACGCUGAGGACUACGUGGUGGACGAGGAGCAGGCGAGGAGCUCGGGCCUGCUGGACCUGCACAUUGUCAUUCUGCCGCUGGUGCGACGCUACAAGAAGCUGCGCGUCGACAAGGAGGAGUUUGUCACGCUCAAAGCCAUCGCGCUCGCCAACUCAGACUCCAUGCACAUAGAGAGCAUUGAAGCCGUCUUGAGGCUCCAGGAUUCCCUCCACGAGGCCCUGCAGGACUUUGAGGCCUCCCAGCACGUGGAGGACCCCCGGCGGGCGGGCAAGCUGCUCAUGACCCUGCCUCUCCUCCGUCAGACAGCCACCAAAGCGGUGCAGCAUUUUUACAGCAUCAAGAUGCAGGGCAAGGUCCCCAUGCACAAACUCUUCCUGGAGAUGCUGGAGGCCAAGGCUUGACGCUGCGUGUGGUACAGCUUUGACUGACAGCUGCAGCACCCAAUAACUGACU